GUCCACCAAUACUUUUUGGUGUCAACGUCACUGCACAUCAUUUUUCAGCUGCGAAAGUACGAUCCCCUGGUCUCACGUACAUGUCCUUGUUUUUAAUUGCGUCAGUGGUUUUCUUGCCAUACAGUGAAUCAAGAAUUGUUCCUUCCCCGCCUGGUGAUGUGCUACGUGACUAGUUGUAUAAAAGGGAAGAUCUCGUCCGCUUCUUGAACUUUCCAUCUUCAUACUCAUCAACCUACAUAUCCAAAUCACAAAUUACAACUUGAAACCCAAAACUCAAACUAUCAUCAUGGAUUUCGUCAAGAACCUCGCAGGUGGCAACAACAACGCCAGCAACACCGAGGGCCAGCAAGCUCCUCCCGAGGCUGGCGGUAGCUUCAUGGACAAGGUCAACGGAAUGGCUGGCGGUGGCGCGCAGGGCGAGAAGAACGAAGAUGGUCUUGACAAGGCCGUCGACUUUGUGCAGGAAAAGUUCCUCGGUGGAGGCGACCAGAGCAACGAGGGCGCCGCCGAGCAGGCCAAGGACGAGGCUAUUUCCGAUGCUAUUCGUGACCAGUACAAGAGCGCCACAGGCAGCGAAUUUCCCAUCUCCGACAAGGACAAGAAAUAUGGAGCUUAAAAUGGCGUCGAGGAUCACACGAGCUCUGAGACAAGAGCGAAAACAAAUAAUGUACGAUAAAAUGAUGAAAGCACCUGAAUGAUCACGAAACCCAUUACGUUCUAAUGAGGCAAUCCUUUACUUGUUGAUGUGAAUGCUAUUAUAAGCUAUCCCCUUUGUCAAGUUGCCUUUACCUAUUCACCAUCGUGAGAAAUGUCUUCCAUUCAUCACCCCAAGUUCAUGCUGUCUUGAUGCAGCCACCAAAAAUUUCAUCGGCCAUUGAAAGCGGUCGUCAUGAUGAUUGUGUCCGAGUUGAAGGAUUAUCCUCAUGCUUCGAAUGACAGACCCUUCAGUCGCCCAACCUACUCCAGCAUCUUCAAUGCUUUCAUUCGCAUGAAAACAACCGUCUGCAGAUGAUCAACUGCAAGAGGCAAGUUCUCGCUGACAGCGAGGAUUCGCGCUGUCUUGACGGCGCUCUUGAUCUGUCGGCCAUUCAGAGGCAUGCUGGCCAGUUUCGCAAUCGCAUUACUGUCUUCAGCCAACUUCUUGUUCUCUCUGAUGAGGAAGUUGUACCAGAUCUUGGCCCGGGAGGC